GAAUUAAAAUCGUUAAAAUCAUACCAAAAUCGGAAUUUUGAUCGUAUGAGAUCAAAAUAGGUGGUUUGAGCCAAUUUAAAAUAGGCAUAACUGUUUCGGUGCAAAGGGCAAUGACGGAAAUCUUUUCACAUGUUUUUCUAUUAGAAAAAUAUUUAAAAAUAAUAAAAAUAACCAAAUUAGGGCUCGGUUAAUCCAUUUCCCUUUGCCCUAUUUAACUUAUUGGUAAAACAAUUGUCCUAAUAUUGGAAGUAUGUAAGAAUUAACAUUAUUAUUAACUAAUUUAUUUAUUAAUGAAUAUGUUUAUACCAAGACACUAGCAUUACUUAUUUUAUUAGAGUUCAAUUAUUUUUAGUUUUAAAUCAUACUUAGUAGACGAUUUCGGAAUAUUACUUUGAGUUAAACUACCUAGACACAACAUGAAAACAAGAGGGAAACCCCAUGAGCUCUAUCCCUUCAUCAUGAAUUAUUUUUGAGUUAUGCAUUAAUCUUGAGAAUUAUUAUUUUAAAUGUUAUGUGUCUUUGUGUUAUUAAUGAUUUACCCCACUAAUAUUCUUAUAUGUUAUGUUCUAUAUGGUACAUAAAAUCCUACGAUUUUACGAUUCCGAUUUUACCCCAGUUUUCGAUUUUAGGUAAAAUCCUGAUUUUAACUGCUUUGGUAAGGAGGUAGAACAACAUUAUCGGCUAAAGUGUGAAUGUUGGUGGACAGGAUCGGAGGUCGGUGAGAUCCGGAAAAGCAAGGCAACGUCCAAACACCAAAAAAUCCCCAAAGGUUGUCUUAUUGAAGAGAAAAGGAAACAAACUGAUGGUGGUUGGGUUGCCUCCCAACAAGCGCUGCUUUAACGUCGUUAGCCGGAAGGUUGCUCCUCAUGUCUUGGUCCAUCCCACAACCUCCUUCAAGUUGAGGUUCUCGUAGGUGACGUGGUGUCUCAUGUCACAAGCUUUGGACGAGUCCAUGAUUGAGGGCUCGUGAACUUGGAUUGUUUUGAGGCUCCACCCAAGAGACCUCUUCUUCUCUCUUCUCUUAUGAUAUCAUCGAUUGACCACCAUCACAUCCAUCAAGAGGAAUCAGUGAUGGUUUGGCCUUAGCUUGGCAAAGAGCUGCAAAUGGGUCCUUCUCCGAAGUGCAUCGAGGUCGGGUCGAAAGCUUUCGUAGCACUUGUAACUUGUAGAAGCUUCAUCAACCACGACCUCGUCCUCAACUUGGACACCACUUGCAUCUUCAACCUCAACCUCCCUUCCUUCUUCCAAAAUGUUUUAUGUCCCUUGGGAACAACCAAGAUCUUCCUCUUCUUCAAUGUUCACUUCCUCCUCUUCAACCUCCUCUUUCUCCUUCCAUUCAUGUCUUCAAGCACGAUUUGGAGGCAAGAUUCCAUGCAAGAUCAUUGAAAGGGUUCUCUUGCUCCUCUAUCAUUGUGACUCGGUCUUCAAAGUUGUUCAUGGAAAGGGAAUGAAAGUCAUUAGUGCAUCCUUCUUGAGCAUCCUCACAAUGGGAGCUCUUUGAGGCGAGUUCCUUUUACUUCACAUGGUUGUCAUUGAUCGCCCUUUCAACCUCCCCUUUCAACUCUAAUGAUGAGAGGCAAUGGCUUGCAAAAGUGCAUGCCACCUUAUCUUCUAAUGUCAAACCGUGAGGAUGGAGGGGUUGGAAAUCCAUGUGGGAGCAUGCUCUUUCAAAAUUUUCUAUGGCAAGCUCCAAUUUGGACUUCUCUUUGGGUUGUGGGAGAUCCAAGUUUGAGCACCCUUCAUCGGUGCCUCAGGCAAACUGCUCCACCAUGAGUUCCAAUCGGCUCUUUGGCUCUGGUUGUGGAGUGGCACAUGGUCUUGAGUAAUGCCCCAUGAAGGCCUCCAUUGCCAACUCCAACUUAGAUUUCUCCUCGGUUUGUGGAGGAAAGUUUUCUUCGGAUUUAGGUUUCGUUAUCUAGCCAACCUAGAAUAUAGUGAUUAAGAAACUAAUCUAACUAAACUAACCUAACCACUACCAUAUCUUAUUACAAGUUAUGGAGCUCUCUUAGAUUGAAUCCCCCUAAUUCUAUCAUUUUGAUCAAUGUUAGAGUACCAUACAAGCUCGAUCGACUAACUAACCUACCAUUAUGAGAUCGACUGACUAGGAAUUGACCCGGCACGAUGAAGUGAUGGAUAGGUAGCUCUCUAUUCAACCUAGGGGGUUCAUAUAUCAUUAGGAGGUUGAUCUAAUCAACUUCCUGGGGAUAACCCGGAAAAAAUAUGAUAGGAAUGACCCAAAGACGCCAAUAAUGGGCUCUAAGGGGACUAUCUCCCUCCUAAAUCAAAAGCUCAAUUGACAUGAAGAGGAAUCCAAAAUCUUGCAAUUCAUGAAAACCAUCCAUCAGAUAGAUAAAAUCAUCUAUAAAACAUAGAAUAUGUC